AACACACACACAGCAACGAUGGCGCGUAGCCAUCAGAGCAGCAGUGGAUUGGCCGCAAUUGGAGAUGAUAUGGAUGAUAGUCGCUUUCGGAUCCGGCCUUAUCAGCAGAUUUUAUCGUCCUGUAGUGGUGCGUUGGUAACGUCGCUGUUCAUGACUCCGUUGGAUGUGGUGAAGACUCGCCUACAAGCACAGCAGAAAGUUUUGAUAUCCAACAAAUGCUAUCUGUAUUGCAAUGGUUUGAUGGAUCACAUCUGUCCAUGCGGCCCAAACGGUCCGCUUGGUCCGACGGCAGCCACCAAACGGCCGCUACACUUCAACGGCACGAUUGAUGCUUUUACCAAAAUCAGUCGCUAUGAGGGUGUACCAUCGCUCUGGUCCGGUCUCGGGCCUACUCUGAUACUGGCCCUUCCCACGACGGUAAUUUACUUUGUGGCGUACGAACAGUUUCGCAUCCGCCUGAAGGAACUGUACCAAAGAAGGAAGGGACGGGAUGCUGAACUACCCAUCUGGCUGCCGCUUCUGGCCGGUAGCUCGGCACGCGUUCUUGCCGUCACGAUCGUGAACCCGCUCGAGCUGAUACGCACGAAAAUGCAGUCGGAAAAGCUAAGCUACCGUGAGGUGGGUCAGGCCUUCCGCAGCAUGUUACGCGUGCAGGGCGUGUUUGGGCUGUGGAAAGGCUUCUUCCCGACGAUUCUGCGCGACGUACCGUUCAGUGGCAUAUAUUGGACGACGUACGAAUCCAUCAAGAAACGCUUCAACGUCAGCCAACCCACGUUUGCGUUCAGCUUUGCCGGUGGUGCUGUAUCCGGCGGUGUGGCCGCCUUUUUCACCGUACCGUUCGAUGUGGUCAAAACGCACCAGCAGAUCGCAUUCGGCGAGCAGUUCCUAUACGCCCAGAACGGAGAGAAAGGAGGGCCAGGCAAGAAAUCGUACAAAGCGAUCGGUACGUUCGAGACGAUGGGACGCAUCUUUCAAAUGAACGGUAUCCGAGGGCUGUUUGCCGGGUUAACGCCGCGUUUGGUAAAGGUGGCGCCCGCCUGUGCCAUCAUGAUCGCAUCGUUCGAGUAUGGGAAAAACUUUUUCUACCGCUACAAUGUGCAACGAUAUCAGGAGAGGAAGGACAAAGCGUCAGCGGCGGCGGCGGCUAGUGAGGCUGGUACCGUGGUUAGUAGUACGCCUUCUGCGAGCCUUGUCCCUUCGCCGGCGCACCGGGGACGUCAGAUAAACAAAUGUUGA